AUGGAUCUACAUCUUGCUGCUGAGCUUGGGAAGACAUUACUAGAUCGGAACACUGAGCUGGAAGAAUCUUUACAACAAAUGUAUGCAACCAAUCAAGAGCAACUACAGGAGAUAGAGUACCUUACAAAGCAAGUGGAACUCUUGCGCCAGAUGAAUGACCAGCAUGCAAAGGUCUAUGAACAACUGGAUGUUACAGCAAGAGAACUGGAAGAUGCAAAUCAAAAACUAGUUGCUGAGAGUAGAUCGUCACAGCAGAAGAUACUAAGCCUGACUGAGACUAUUGAAAGUCUGCAAACCCACAUUGAUGACCUCCAGAAACAAGUGGAAGAGUUGAAGAAAUCUGGACGAGGCCGUUUGAACCAUGACAGAGCUGAGCAGCCAAGAUCCAUGCAUAGCUUCUCAUGUUUGAAGGAGCUGUAUGACCUUCGCCAGUAUUUUGUUUAUGAUCAUGUUUUUGCAGAAAAAAUUGCCUCCAUGGAUAGUCAGUUAAGUCCCAUGGAAGAAGAAAACGAGAACUUGAAAAAGGCAAUGACGGUACUGCAGGCUCAACUUAACCUGGAAAAGGAAAAGAGAGUGACAAUGGAAGAAGAGUAUAGCCUUGUGAUAAAGGAAAACAGUGACCUUGAACAGAGGCUGGUUGAUAUAGAUUUAUAUCGGGCUCGGGCAGAAGAGCUUGAAAUGGAAGUUGCUGAAAUGAAGCAGAUACUUCAGUCUGAAAAUGCAUUGAAUAGUGUAGAGAAACUGGUUCCAGAAUCAUUUUUUAUCUCAUUGAGAGAGCCUUUAGAAAGGGAACUCAGUCAGAGCCUUUUAGAGGGAAUAGCUCUGGCUGUCCCAGAGCUUGACAAGGUAGCCCUAAAAAGAAGUAACAGUGAAACCUUUCUAAGCAGUGCUGCCAGUGGAGACAUUCUAAGGGGCCACGAGGAAACCUGUAUCAGGAGAGCAGAAGCUGUGAAGCAGCGAGGUAUCUCUGUGCUUAAUGAAGUUGAUGCUCAGUAUAAUGCUCUAAGAGUAAAGUAUGAGGAACUUCUGAAGAAAUGUCAAAUGGAUGAAGAUUCCUUGAAGCACAAAGCUGUACAGACAUCAAAACAGUAUUCAAAAGACACUAAUUUGGAGAACUCCCAGUUUGAUCUCUCAGUUAGUGAUAGAGAGUCUGCAAAUGUGGAACUGACAGGCUCCCCCACAAAUGCUCUUCCUGAAUAUAAAGCUCUUUUCAAGGAGAUUUUUAGCUGUAUCAAGAAAACCAAGCAAGAAAUAGAUGAACACAGAGCUAAAUAUAAAUCUCUGUCUUCUCAGCACUAACACUUUACAUGUUAUCAGUGCUUAUGAUCUAAUGACCAGUUAUCUGUAUUCCAGAAAGCAGGGCAGGGGGGUUUUAAAGGGGCCUUCAAGGGUUUUGUACAUACCUUGAUAUGUGCCACGUGUAGUUCUAGAAAUUGACCCCAUGUUCAAAAUUGACUUGUAAAUAUAUAUGAUGUUAAUCAGUCCAUUGUAUUGUGUGUGCAUAAUACCCCUGCCUAGCAAAGGAUUUAGUGUUAAUUGGUAGUCAUUAGCAGUCUUAAAGCAGGAAAUAUAGCUUAAUUUUCUUACUAGGUUUGGCCUCUUCAGAGCAGUAAUUGACAAUCUAGUUCACGCUGCCUAAUUUGUUACAGAAACCAGAGACCAAAGCAGCAUUUACUGCAUUAUUAUACUUUUCUACUGGAAACCUAGAGGUAAGCUUUCCCUGGGGGUCACAAGUGAGAGGUUCUGGACUGGACGUAGCCCUGUAGUUGUGUUUUGGGGUGUGCUUUUCUUCAUAAAAACAUACUGUUGUGGACAGUUGCUGUUUGAGUCUUGAUACUGAAGUUAGCUAUCAAGAUUGAUGCGUUUUCCCAAAGGAGUGAGAGAGCUGGCACAGCAGCCAAUUCUUCUCCUUGUUUAGGUUGGUACCUAGCUUUCACAUGCACUAAACUCACAGAUUACCACAAGAAUCUUUAUAUUUAAGGGAUUCCAUGUAAAGGUGGUUGGUUUUUGUUUUUUGUGGGUUUUUGUUUGUUUGUUUCUGUUGGACAGUUUAUUUUUUAGGGCAGUUUUGUCUUAAGCUAAGAUACUGUGAAUCAUGCACACUGCCUAGGACCUUACUGUUCCUUUACAAUUGUACACUUACUAAGUGCAUUUUUGUGCGGUUUUUUUAAAACUAUUUGAUCAGAUGGAAUGUUGCAAUUUUGUUUAAUCUUUGUGAUAACUUUGGUUUAUAGACCUCACUCUUCAACUUUCUAAGAGACAGGCUGGGUAAAUUGUUAAACACUUGCCUGUCACCUCUGAUAUCACUUUAGCUUGAGCUGGUGUAAACCUAUAUGUUAACAGCAGUAAAAAAUCCAACUUCUUUAGAAGAUCUGAAUAUAAUCACUAAGAACCAGGGCCAAGAAACAGUUAUCAUCUUAUACCUUACCUUUUUCCUCUUUCCACUUGAUAAAUUACUUCAAAAUAAGCUUUUUCAGCUUCUGAAAAUACAGAAUGUGGAUGAAUGCUUCUAGAGCUGCAUCAGGGAAUUGGAAGAGGAAAUGUAGAAAAUGAGCUGAGGAUUGGCAACUAGAUAAAUAUGUUUAAUCACCUUUCAGCACAGGUUGAGUGCUGUCAGCUGUUGGUAUGCAGGUCAAAUUUGUGAUCAUCUAUCUACUUGAAUUACCUAUGUAAACCAAACUAUUGCAAGGUGUUGACACUAAUUUUAUAGCUUUAGUUAUAAGUGCUGCUCCUAUUACAAACUUCUGUCUGCCUUUAUACCACAGGUUGGUGGGGUUUUGUUUGUUUUUAAAUAUAUAUGUGUGUCCAUUGGUUAUGAUAUUUAAAUUUCCACAACCCUAAAACUUGUAAGUUUUUAUUGUAUUAUAAACACCUAUUUAAAAAAAUGUGGAACUUAUGACUUUUUCUAAAAUGUAAAUAAAUCCAUC